AUGAGUGACCAAGGUCAAGGCCGCUCGUAUUGCCGUGACGACGAGACCGUGGUGGACCGAGACGGGCUGCCGCACUACACGGGCCUGAACCCAGACCUGCUGAAGGAGUACAAGAAUAGAGUCAACCUGGCGCUGGCGAGGCUCGAGGGAUCGGGCUCAGACGAGGAGAACAGCCUAGAGAAGAAACAAAUAAGGUUUCGGGUGGAGCUGCUGGACGAACUACACGGCCGAGCUUGGAAGAGGACCGAGCACCUGGCGGCCAACCCGAAGGAACUGAAACGCGAGAAUGGCGAGCAGCUGAUCUUUGACGCGCUGGCGUCGCUAAACAAUGAGGCCAUCGUGAAGAAGGGGAUGGCGUUCGACAGCUUUUUCAAGCGGAGCUACCGGAAGCGCGGCACCGACAUGGGCGAGUACCUGGCGAACAAGGAGAAGCUGUGGGAGGACCUACAGGAGAGAGACAGCGCGACGAGACUCUCGGACGACCUGAUGGCCUACUUCUUGCUGGACGGCGCGGGGCUCUCGGAGGAUCAGAAGAGGCGCAUCGUGAUGAACAGCGGCUCGGAGUGCAAGUUGGAGGCCUUCCAGCACGCGCUCAGGGUCAACUUGUACGACGUCCACGAGAAAGAGCGGAGGAACCCGCAACGCCGGCACCAGCACAGGCAGAUCAGCCAGAAGUGGAACAAGGGCCACCGAGGGAAGGCGAACCAGGUGGAGGACCACGAGGAGUCGGACAUCUCGGACGAGGAGUUCGACGAGGAGGAGCAGGCCAACGCAGUCGACGAGGCCGACGACAACAGCGAUGCUGGGGCAUCGAACGACGACGAGGUCUACGAGGCGUGCUCGGCCUACGAGGCGGCGCGCAAGAAGCUGAAGGACACGCAGAAGCAGGGAGGUUUCUUCAAGGGCGAGGUUGCCUUUGAGGAGCGCCAGGAGGCGAUCAAAGAGGAGAAGAAACGGACUCGAUGCGGAGCUUGCGGGCGCAUCGGACACUGGGCAGGCGACAAGGACUGCCCGAAGAGCGGACAGCAGGGCGCCAAGAAGUUCGGAGGUGGCAAGGGCGGCAAGCCGAAGGGCAAGGCAAAGCCCGGGAAGUCGAAGCGCGCGUUCUUCACCCUGGACGAGGACGACGUAGACUACGAUAUGGGCGACGUCUACGCGGGUGCUGUCGCGGCCAAUGGCGAGCCAGACCAGGGCGACAGCGACUCGUUCCAGGGGGGCUCCAGCGACGACGAGCCCAAGGAUGAGCGCGAGGACGACGGCUACCACAACCGGAACUACGACGGGGACCGGAAGGGGUCUCAGGGAGCGGCAGCAGCGGCAGCACAGGAGGAGUUCAUCCCGACCGAGAUCUUCGGUGAGUGGAAGGCUUACGAGCUGAAGAAGCGCUUGAACGAGCUCAACCUGCAUGUGAGUGGCACGCGGGAGAUCCUCAUCGAGCGGCUCGUGGGAUACUACGCGGGCAUCGCGCAGGUCAAGAAGGGGUGUAGUACGUCAAAGACGGCAGGAGCAUUGUGCUCUGGGACUUCGGUGGGCCUGCGGGGCGAGAACAUGAAGUGCGCCGACUGCGGCAAGUGCGGACAUCAUGGAGGUGACAUGAAGGUCUACAAGCAGAUUCAGGAGCGCCGGGAGCAGAUCAAGCUGGAGUUGGACAGCAAGCCGAUCACCAAGCCGAAGAUGAAGGGGAGUUCAGCGAGCUCGGCGGCAUCAUCCACGACAGCGACCUGGGAGUUCAUCGACCACGCCAACGAGCUCACCUGCCCCGUGUGCUACCGCAUGAACGGGAACAAGUUCUACGGGUGCCCGAACUACCUCGCCAUCAUGAAGUGCAAGGGGACGUAUGACUACGAGCUCGGGGAGCUUCCUGGGUCAAGGACGGAGGCGCCCAUUUUGGAGACGCCCCUCGAGUUUGCGGGCGAGCAGCUCGACAAGCGCGAGCUCAUCUUGUUCAACGCUGGGGAUGAGCACAGCUUCAACGACCAGCUGGGAAAGUCUGAGGCAGCCUUCGUGGUCGCCAACGACAGCGCGUUUCGCUCAGUCGAUUUCGACGCCGUGGCGCUGGGCGACGCUGCAUGCGCUCUUUGCAUGCACAGCAAGCACUGGGGGCAGCAUUUCGAACGAGUUCUACCACCUGGCUUGGCGUGCCGGCCAACCGGCAACUAUUGGCUCUUCACCUUCGCGAGCGGCGCCAAGCAAAAGGGCGAGGUCUGGAUUAUUCCGAUAGGCAUCGGCGGCUACCGCGGCGAGGCGCACUCAACGGAGAUACCUGCGGAACAGACGCCGUUGCUGUUGUCGAUGCCAGCCCUCGAGAUGCUUGACGGCCACAUCCACAUGCAGACGAAGAAGCUUGAGCUCACCGCGCUGGGGAUCACCGUGGCGCUCGUCAAGAUGGGGAAGACCCCUCACCUGGGGAUCGACGUGUCGCAGUUCGGUGACGACGAGAGCGCAGGGGCGCAGAAGAUGGACCUGACGUCGACCCGAGGAGAUGCACUAGUUCACUACGCGAACGACCUGGAGGUCAUGAAGCAGGGCUACGCAUUCUUAGAGACGGGUUGCCACGGCGACGGUUUCGACGUCUCGUUGAACUCCGAUGGUGCGACUGUGGAUCUGAAUGACCCUCGUGCUCAGUGUGGGUUUGGCAAGACGGACGUGGACAGCGGAAAGCCCAUCCAGAAGCCCAGCGGCUACCUCACCAACAGCCAGUGCAUCUUGAACAAGUUGGCCAUGCCUUGCAAGUGCAAGGGGCCUCAUGGGAUGGUGGAAGGAGGCUGGAUCACCAUGCAGAAGGAGAGGUCGGACAAGGUGAUGGAGAUCUUCAACAAUUUCGCGGAUUUCCUGACGCCACUCACUCUGUUGGGGCCAUCAGUGGACGAGCGGGCGGCGCAGAUCGGGAAGCUCGAGGAGACGAAUGCGACGGUUAAGCUGCUGAUGAUCAGACGCAGCCCGCGCGCGCUGCUAGCAGUGCAACCUCAUCUUCACGCGUCGCAAGCACCUCUUCGGACAGCCUACGCCCGAAGUGAACGGGGAAUGUGGCAGGAACUCGGAUGGGAAGACUGGGCGAGCUUGUCACCGCAGCAGAGAGCCAUGAAGAUCGCAGGCGCGGACGUUCUAAUUAUGGUGUACGGCGCGCAGAUCGGCGAGGCGGAGGGCGAGGAGAAGGAUGAGGAGACGACCCGGCAGCAGCGUUGGGAUCAGCUGCCACGCGAGCUCAAGAUGGCGAUCAGACGACUUCACGAGAAUCUGGGUCACGCUUCGAAGGUGGAGAUGUUAAGGGCGUUGCGUAUUUCGAGGGCGUCGGAGGCAGCAAUCAAGGACGCAGAUCAAGCUGAAUCGCAGUUUCUCAACGUCAUAUGCUUGGGUCGUUCAUUUCAAGUCGUUGCGCUGUUGGGAGAAAUUCGCGAGAUGGCAAGUUCGAGUACCAUCCUGGAGACCUACGAGUUGUGUUGGGCUUCAUGGGCUGGUGAGCCUGAGGUUGGGAUCAUCGUGGACAGGGCCGAGAGCUUCCUUGGCAGUUUCUCCGAGAACAUCGCGAAUCGCGGCUGCCGUUUCGACCCAGCUGCCAAGGCGGCAGCAUGGCGCAUCGCCAAGGUUGAGCGUCAUGGAAAGUUGCACUACGGCAAGCAGCACGAGAAGCACAUGCGAGGGUGGCGAGUGAGGACGCCAUCAAGCGGGCAGAACUUCGACAAGUACGACCAGAGCGAGGCUUCAGAUGAGGAGGUCAGGGCCUGGCCCGUGUCAGCGCAGGACGCGGAUUUGAUCGACGCCACGGGGACCUACGACGGCGGCCAGUGCCACCUGACUUUCGUGAAGACAGAGUUCCUGUACAGUCAGAGCCGGCGGCGGCGCGGCCACCUCCAGAGGCACCGCCGCCAGAGGUGCCGCAGCCGAGUGAGAGGGAAGAAGUUCCAGCACCACAGCCAGAAGCAGCAGAGCAACAAGAGGUACCAUAAUCACUUCGACAGGACGGACCACCUGUGCCUGAAGAGCCAGCAGUUCGACAAUGAGAACAGCGGGACGAGCAGAAAGAGACGAUUCAAUCGGAAGAAGUUCCAAUGGGAGAAGAUUGGGAUCCAGAUCUACACGACCAUCAUUCAGUACCUGUACGCGGAGGUGAAGGCGAGGUCAGCAGAUGAAGCAGGACAGCGAGAAGCUAAACGACAAUGGCUACUCGAUGAUGUGCCUCAUUCGAUUCGAGAGAGCCGGAAGGAUCAGGAGGCGGCGUUCAAUGUCUACGACGACAGCGAUCACAUGCUGGAGGCGGCCUACGUGACCUACGAGGUGAAUCGGACUUUCUACGAGGAGCGCGGCAUCAGCAAGGAGUUGCUGGGCUUCGGGGUGGAGAGGAACGACUUUGAGUACGCCUGCCAAGUCGGCCAGACUACCGCGAAGAAGGGCAGAAAGGAGCCGAGGUCGAUGGAGCUUAACGAGGAGCAGCGCAGGAUGUUCACAGGGCCUGGAGGUUCAGACGAGAAGGAGUGGAAGUCGUGGCAGGACUUAGACGCUUGCGAGACCCUCAACGUGGCGGAGAGCGAGAGGAUCUGGGGGAACAAGAGCGAGGGGACCGUUGAAGGUAGAUUCGAGGCGAAGUCGAGGAUGGUGGUUCAGGGUUUCAAGGACAAGAGUCCUGGAUAA